AUGGCUGCGACGAAGCAAAAGGCGUGUCUGAUCGUGAUUGAUGGCUGGGGUAUUGCCUCCGCCGACUCGCCUAAAAAUGGCGAUGCUAUCGCCGCUGCCAAGACUCCCGUCAUGGACGACCUGUCCAAGAGCGCAACUGGUUUCACCGAAUUAGACGCUUCUUCCCUCGCCGUUGGACUUCCCGAGGGUCUCAUGGGUAACUCGGAAGUUGGCCACUUGAACAUUGGAGCCGGAAGAGUAGUAUGGCAAGAUGUCGUUCGAAUCGACUUGACCAUCAAGAAGAACGAGCUUUCCAGUAACGAGGUCAUCAAGAAUGUUAUCGAGAGAGCCAAGAAUGGUACGGGGAGGCUUCACCUGUGCGGUCUGGUCUCUCACGGUGGAGUUCACGCCAAACAAACCCACUUGUACGCUCUACUAAAAGCCGCCAAGGCCGCCGGAGUCCCCAAGGUCUAUAUCCACUUCUUCGGCGACGGCCGUGAUACCGACCCCAAGUCAGGAGCUGGCUAUAUGCAGGAGCUCAUCGACACGGCGAAGGAUAUUGGCAUUGGAGAGAUAGCCACCGUCGUCGGUCGAUACUACGCUAUGGAUCGUGAUAAGCGAUGGGAAAGAGUUGAGCUUGCUCUGAAGGGUAUGAUUCUAGGAGAAGGAGAAGAGAGUUCCGAUCCGGUCAAGACCGUCAAGGAACGGUAUGAGAAGGGCGAGAAUGAUGAGUUCCUUAAACCCAUUAUCGUCGGUGGCCAAGAAGCACGGAUCAAGGAUGAUGAUGAGGUUUUCUUCUUCAACUACCGAUCAGACCGUGUCCGACAGAUCACUCAGCUUCUCGGAGGAGUUGACAGGUCGCCUAGGCCCGACUUCCCUUACCCUAAGAUCAACCUUGUCACCAUGACACAAUACAAGGCCGACUACCCCUUCGAAAUUGCCUUUAAGCCUCAACAUAUGGGCAACGUAUUGGCCGAGUGGCUUGGCAAGCAAGGCGUCAAACAAGUCCACAUCGCCGAGACCGAGAAAUAUGCUCACGUAACAUUCUUCUUCAAUGGUGGUGUCGAGAAGGUCUUCGCUCUAGAGAUCCGAGACGAAUCUCAGGACUUGGUGCCUUCCAACAAGUCCGUCGCGACAUAUGACAAGGCUCCUGAAAUGAGUGCCGACGGUGUUGCAAAGCAGGUUUGCAAGAGACUUGCAGAGCAAGAGUUCCCGUUCGUCAUGAACAACUUCGCUCCCCCGGAUAUGGUGGGUCAUACAGGUGUGUAUGAAGCUGCCAUCGUUGGCUGCGAAGCUACCGACAAGGCUAUUGGCCUGAUCCGCGAUGCCUGCAAGAAAGAAGGUUAUAUCCUCUUUAUCACUGCCGACCACGGCAACGCUGAGGAGAUGAAAUUCCCCGAUGGCAAGCCUAAGACUUCUCACACGACUAACAAGGUUCCUUUCAUCAUGGACAACGCGCCCAAGGGCUGGUCAUUGAAGAAGGCUGAUGGUGUUCUUGGAGACGUCGCCCCAACUAUCUUGACGGCUAUGGGUCUACCAGUGCCCGAGGAGAUGACUGGCCAGAGUCUCUUAGUUGUUGAAUAA